GUCUUCGAGAGAUCCUUUGCUAAGGGUGGGAUCACCCUUCAACCCCUCUCAAGUGACAUUGUUCAAACCGUGUAUCCUCGUGACGGUUCGUGGCAAUGCGGCCAAACACGUCGCUUAUUCUUUGAAAGGAGGCUGGUGGUGCGGUACGUGAUGCCGGCGGCGCACCUCACGCUCCGCGAGGAGGACGUGGUGCGUCUCACGCUCGAGUUCCUGCAGAACCGGUCGCUGCACAUCUCCCAGCUGAGCGUGGAGCGUGAGACGGGCGUCAUCAAUGGCGAGUACUCGGACGACGUGGUGUUCCUGCGGCAGCUCGUGCUCGACGGCCAGUGGGACGAUGUCCUCGAGUUCAUCCAGCCCCUGGAGGCCCUCCCCUCCUUCGACAUGCGAAGGUUCAAGUACGCCGUGCUGCGACACAAGUACGUGGAGCUGCUGUGCAUCAAGAACGAGGCCGGGCUGCACGGCGCCAUGGGGGCGGCCUGCGGCAUGGACUCUGCCGUCGACGAGGUGGUCAAGGUGAUGAAGGAGCUGGAGAAGUACGCCCCCAGCAAGGAGGAGUACUCCCAGCUGUGCCUGCUGCUGACGCUGCCCCGGCUCACGGACCACCUGGCUUACCGCGACUGGAACCCCAGCAACGCGCGCGUGCAGUGCUUCCAGGAAGUCUUCCCUCUAGUAGAAAAAUUUCUCCCCGGCGAGAAGAAGCCGCCCGAUGUGAACUCGCCGAGCAAGUGCGCGCGCCACGACCGGCUCGUGCAGCUGCUCAUCAAGGGCGUGCUCUACGAGUCGUGCGUCGCCUACUGCCAGGGCAAGGCCACUGGCUCCCCGGAGGAGAGGUCUCAGGAGAUGAACUUCGGCCGGCUGCUGGACGGCUCGGCCGGGUUUAGCGACUCGGACCUCAGCCUGCUGUCGUGGCUGCAGAGCAUCCCCCCGGACACGUUCGCCGUCCCCUUCGAGCAGCGCACGCUCAACGUGGACGUGGAGCGGCUGGAGCGGCCGUCGCUCGAGACGUCGUGGACGGAGCACAUGCUGGUCACGCCCAUCAAGCCCAAGAUGUUCCCGCACUCGGCCAUGCCGCUGAGCCGGCCGCGGUCCGCCGCCGACAUGAUGACGCGCUCGCUGCUGCCCGCCGGCCUGGGCCUCAGCCGCGUCAGCUCCGCGCUCAUGACCCUCUCCACGGGCGACAUCGGCCUGGGCGGCGCCUUGGGCGCGCGCGACGCGAUGAGCAGGUCGUCGUUCGCCUCGUUCCACCUGACGGGCCACAAGAACAACAAGCUCAUGAACACCUCGGUGGACCGGCUGUUCGAGACGGAUGCGGACGUGUUCCUGAGCAGCAGCUACGGCGACCUGUACCCGGCGCAGCUGCCCGCCAUCCAGGAGAUGCACCACGCCAACGCCACGUCCACGCCCAACAAGGACGCUGCCGCGGCGCGCAAGGACGGCCCGGCCGCCGCCAAGCAGCCCUCCACCGUCAACUCGUCGGCGACCUCGACGCCCGAGCACCGCGGCCGCGAGUCGCCCGCCAACUCGCGGUCGUCGCGGAGGGACUCGCUGACGGACAAGCCCGUGGCGAUGCCGGCGCCCGCCGUGCCGCCGCCGGUCGCCGCGCACCCCGCGGCACACCACGGCCCCCACCCUGGCGCCCACCCUGGCGCCCACCCCGGCGCGCCCCACCCGGCGCGCUCCGUCAGCCCCGGGGCCGCGUCCGAGACGAGCUACGACAGCGGCAACAACCUGCUGCAGGAGUACCAGCGGCAGAAGAUGCGCUACCAGCAAGAGACGGCGCGCGACAACCGGCUCGCGGAGGAACGGGGGCUGUCCUCGGCGCGGGGCCACGUCAGGUCCACGGCGGCCAGCUCGUCCACGUCAGGCAUCUCGAUGAACGGCGACUCCAUCAUAAGUCAACCGUCGACCCUGUCGUGUGAUCAAGACCAGAGCCUCUACGAUACGGUCAAGCCUGUGGGGUCCGGUGCGGGAGGCGCCAGCGUCGGGACGCCCGGCCGGCCCAAGUUCGUCGCGGUCACGGCCCUGGAGGACGUGCAGGCGGUGCGCUGCGCCGAGUUCCACCCGCACGGCAAGGUGUACGCCGUGGGCUCCAACUCCAAGACCCUGCGCAUCUGCGCCUACCCCAAGCUCAGUGACCUGAGAGAGGACCAUGUGACAUACCAGCCAACUGUUUUAUUCAAGAGGACCAGGCAUCACAAGGGAUCCAUCUACUGCAUGGCAUGGUCGCCCGUGGGUGACUUGAUGGCCACAGGAUCAAAUGACAAAACAGUAAAGCUAAUGCGUUUCAAUGCAGACACCUCGAACCUUGAAGGACAAGAAAUAGAGUUGUCAAUGCAUGAUGGGACAGUACGUGAUGUCUGUUUCCUGGAAGAUACAAGUAAUAAGUCAAGUCUUUUGAUUAGUGGUGGUGCAGGUGAUUGCAAAAUUUAUGUUACUGACUGUGCCACUGGUCAACCAUACCAGGCUCUCAGCGGUCACUCAGGUCACAUUUUGUCUUUAUACAACUGGGGUGGUGCCAUGUUUGUGAGUGGAUCUCAAGAUAAAACAGUCCGGUUUUGGGAUUUGCGCACUAGAGGUUGUGUUGAUAUGGUUACUCCUCAGACUCAACCAGGAAACAGGAUGGGUUCUCCAGUUGCUGGUAUUUGUAUGGACCCAUCUGGUCGCCUUUUGGUUUCUGGUCAUGAGGAUGCAUCAUGUGUUUUGUAUGAUGUUCGAGGAGGUCGAACUGUCCAAUGCUUCAAGCCACAUGCUUCAGAUAUUCGUUCUAUUAGGUUCUCCCCCAGUGCUUAUUACCUCCUCACUGCUGGAUAUGACAAUAAGCUUGUUCUUACCGACCUGCAAGGUGACUUGACCAUGCCUUUACCAAGUGUGGUUGUUGCGCAGCAUGCUGAUAAAGUCAUUUCAGGUCGAUGGCAUCCAACUGAAUUUUCAUUCUUAAGCACUAGCGCUGAUAAAACAGCUACACUUUGGGCGUUGCCUCCUGUGUAAUAUAUAUUUUCUUUUCGUUAAAAAUGUUAAUGCUAUUUCCUUGCAAACGUUCAAAUGAAAGUUCAACUUAACUCUGUAAAUAGAGAAUAAGUAAUUUAUAUCAAUCAAGUGUCUGAUGGGGACAUUGGAAGUAGGAAAAAAAGUACCUUCCCAUUACAUUCCAUUAGGCAAACAGCUUUGUUAAGUUUUCUUACAAUUGUUUGAAAUGUUUAUUAUAAAAUGCUUUGCUGACAUUAUUUUGUGAUUGACAAAUUUUUUUAUCCAACAAACAUCAAAGAUUGAAAGUUACUUAGUUACUAAUAUUCAUGUUUUCUUUUUGACAAUUUUUAAAAACUAUUGCUCUGUACUUUUAUUUUGAGUACUAGGCUGUGAGAUGGCCUUAGCUUUAUGAGGAACAGUUUCCUCAUAUUAGUCUUUCUUCUCUCUCAUUCUAUGUUGUGCUAGUUAAUUUUUGCUUUGUUAAAAUCUCUCAACAUGAACAUUUGUUUGUUUGUUCUGUAGUCUAAUCUUUGUGCCUUGGCCUUGACCGGACCAGUGAUAAAAGGCAUCUUGUUGUCAGUAAAUUAUUUAUCUCAGGUGUACUUCAGUAUCCAGACAUAGCUUUCAGUUCAGCCAAUGCUUAUUUUAAGAGCAAACUUUUGAACCUAAAAAUAAUAUCUUACAAAACAAAUUCUGUAAAAUUUUAACAUAGCAAAGUGAUGACCAAUUAUACUACAAUACAUUUUAAAAAUAAUUCAGUAAGUAAGGCUGUUCUAGGAUUCUUUACCAAACGAUUUCACUCUUGCACAGUUCAGCUAAAACUUCCUGUACAGGUUAUGAUAGGGACUACAACAGAAUCACUCAUUAAUUUCUCCGUAGAGUAGACAAAUUUAAUCCAUUGCCAACAUACCUGUUGUAUAUUUUUUUCCCCCUUAAUGACUCAAGAUCUGUUUCUAAUUUAGUCGAUACUAACUGCUAAUUAUACCAAAUACCAAUAUGGCCAUAAAAUUUAUGGCCCCAGCCUCAAGAUAUGAUCUAAGUUGCUUUGUUAAGUAUACAGAUUGUGUAAAGUGAUAUUUUGUUAUGCAAUUGAGUGGAACACAUUUAUAGCUGUACCAAGUGGAAUCGCUGACCGACUGACAUACAGUGACAUAAGUUUUUGCAGCUUUUCUAUUCCGUCAUUUAAGACAAAUAGCUCUCUAUUAGAAAUGUUUGACUGCUCUUAAUUAUAUUAAAGAUUCUUUUAAUCAAGCCCCAAAUGGGAUACAACUUCUGUUAAAAUCCACUUAGAGGGACUAUUUUAAGUGUCUGGAAAUGUUGGUAUUUUCUUGUGUUGCCUCACACAGAAAAUUGUAGUCAAAUCAUUGGUUUGUAAACAAAGAGAAUAAAUCUAUGCUAGUUUCACCAUGUACCUACUAUGUGGUUAAAUCUCAAAGCUUCAACAUCAGCAGCUUGUAGUUUCUGUUUGAAACAAGAGAUAUUUGAAAAUAAGUUUUCCUGUUAUUGUAAAUAUUGUACAAUUAUUAAUAUUGCGAAGAUUCUAUGCCAUGUUUUUGUUAGUGAUUAUUAUGAAUGAGGAAUAACUGGGCUAUUUUGGCAUUCACAAAUAUUAGCCUGUCUGCAACUUUACCUGCUACUACUACAUUCAGUCUGAUUUAGGAGUCAGGAGUCAACUUUUAAUGCAAAAUUCAGAUAUAUACUCAUCUGUGUAUUCAGUAAAUGGCUUUGGAUUCGAAAAAUUAAAAAAAUCGUUAUAACAAAAA